GUAUGUAAUUAUAGAGCUUUCCAUUAAUGCUGGGCAAGCAUAUCCUAAACUAUCGAUUAUAACUUUGAGAACGCGAACGUUUGUUAUAUGACUGUCUAGAAGUUGUCAGAGUAUCGGAACAAGUAUAUAAAACAUAAAGGAGAUCUCUAACACAUAUUGAAAUCAUCAGUCCAGCCGCAUUAGGUCAAAAGUUAUUCAGUUUCAAAGUCUGCCCAGUUCGCUUGUAGCAUCAUAAUACGUAGCGUAAAUUAACCUCGAAUAUAUCUUGCUCACUUUUUACGUUAUUUGCGAUCAUGUCCUUUUAACGCACACGCUAAGCAUGGUUUUUAUUAAACUCGACCUUAUUAGACCGACUGGGCAAAGCUAAUACUGUUCGAUUGUUUGUAUAAGUGACAGGGUCUUUAUAGCAUAUUUUACCAUUCAGCUUUUACCAGCAGCAUUACCAUUAUAAUCAACAUAUAGGAUCGAUUUGGUGUAUAUAAUUUAAAAUAUAAGGAGUCUUACUUCUGGCCUGACCGAAUAUUGCAAAAAUAAAAAAAUUAAACGAAAAGUUGCAAGCAUUUCCUUCGUUUCUUGAGCUCAACCAUGAACUGUGUACAGCUCCCUUUCUUAGUUCUUGUUGACCUUUAGUAUUAUUCGAGAAUACCCAUUUUUAUGUACGGGCUAUCAUAGGAAAAAUAAACUAUAAAUUUUAACGUCGUACAUGCUAAGUUUGAGUAAAAGAACUAUUCAGUGCAUUAGAAAACUACAUACUGCUUCAACAUUCGGAAACGCGUUCGAUGUGUGUGGUAUGUAAGAAUAUUGCAUAUGCAUAUGUUUCCGCGUACGCAAUAGCUUCGAUCUUCAUAAGUGGCUCCCUUCUCUUCGUUAUAUUCGUCAUAGUCUUCGUCCGUGCUUAGCGACAAAGAAGGUAUGUACAAGAAAUCGACGAAUAGGCGCCUUCGCCGCAGUCUGCCUCGCGUUGAACUAGGCUUGAAGCAGGAGACACCCUGCCAGUCUGCCAUUACCUCCCUCCCCCUACAGUCAAUUCCAUUUUCUGUUCUGACCGUCAGCCGUUGCUCCGACUUCGAUCCGACUCAGAGGGAAGAAUGAAGCUGUAGCGUUAACUACAACAACUCCGACAUCAGCCGCAAACGACACGAAUCAAUAGCCCUCACAACGCCGGUUCGAAAGAGAAGAUGCUGGGUCUUGGCGGGUUAUAAAAAUCGAUUAUUAUCAGGGUAGCUUUAUCAGUCUCUCGUCUGAUUCAAAACAAUAAGGACAUGAAGGUAGUUGUCGUUGCCGUGGUCGUCGUCGCCACAGCACUUGGCCAGCGUGUGGUAACCCAGUACGAUGAUCUGUCACAACCUACCCCAUAUGAAUAUGCGUACACAGCUGAAUCCGAUGAAGGAUCCCACGGACACUCCGAGAAGUUUGAUGGAGUGUCCCGUGCAGAAGGGAACUAUUUCCUCAAGUUAGCCGAUGGACGGGAACGCUACGUGUCGUACACUGCGGACGAGUCCGGUUUCCAUCCCGAGAUCCAAACAAAUGAGCUAGGCACAGAAUCAAAAAACCCUGGCGACGCUGUCUACAUUUCCUCAGCACCUUCGGGGCCUGAUGCCGCUAUCCAGGCAUAUGGGGGCCCUUUCCCUGAGUACAUCGGGCAAGCUUCGGGUGCUGGGAUUGUGCCUCAAGUACCAACUCUACGUCGGUCGGCUAGGGUGUAGCCCCCUAUAUGCUAGCUGUAACUGUUCAUAACGAUGACCCUCUUCAUUUGUAAUACCAAGAGGAUCUUACGGUAACUGAUACAUCCUGGCGCAGGAAUAUAUUCACUAUGUUAUAUUGCUGAGUUAUUAUAUGUUAUAUAACUAGCCAUUGUAGAUGAAUUCAUAUUGCAUCGGUAAUAAAGUCCCCUGUCUAUGAC